GGUUGAAUCGUGGACCAAUUUUAUGAUCAUGGUCAUCUAUAUAAGCAUGAGGAUAAUGAUUGUAUGUGCCCAAAAUCCAAUUUUGAUGGAGAUAUUAGAGCCCUUCAUUCAGAUGAUUCUGAGCCCCCGGAUUGAGUCGGAUCCUGAUUGGGUCCAUUUGAGUCCGAGUCAUUUUAUUUUAUUGCAUUAUUUACUUUUGUCUUAGUCAAGUCGAUUGGGUUAGUUGUUUUGUUAUUAGACUAGUCAAUUAGGUCUAUAUAAUUAGGCCAAUUUAGUGGACCAACUUUGGAAAGGGUUAAUUGAUGUAAGAGUCCGAAUUUAGUCAGUGUCAAUUGAUUGAUUUGGUCAAUUGAUUACUUGAAUCGGUCAAGAUCUAUAUAAAGACCAUCCCUCUCAUGUACGAGGCAAUUGAUGAUUGAAUGAAAAAAACCUAGCCUCCUUCUUCUUCUUCUAUAAUCUCUUCUUUCUGUAUCUCUAUAAUCUCUUCUUUCUUCUUCUUCUCUUUUUCUUUCUCUUACUCUCUUCCUCCCUACAGUGGUGUUCAUCAAAUUCUAUCCCAUAAGUUUCUAAUGUGAUAGAUUAGAGUAGUAGUGAUAGAUAAACACGAAUAUUCGUGUCACCCUCCACCAGCCCUAGGAGCGUUUACUUUCCUACGAAGGGGAAACUCUUCUUUUCGAAUCUAAUCCGCCCUUCCACGGUUCCACCUUCUUCCGUUUAGACUAAUAGGGCUAAAGCUAUGAGACACCGGCGCUCCAACCCUCCCGCGGCGGCCGGAGCCGCCUCACUUCAAAUCUCCCGCCACGGCGGCGACCGCGACCACCCCAUCCCCGUCGACCGCCUCUCCGUCGAGGGCGACGAUGAGAAGGAAGACAGAGACUCCGUCGCCGGAAUCUCCCACUACAGCGGCGACAGGAACCGCCCCAUCUCCGUCGAGGACUACCACGACGACGUCCUCCUCCAGAUCGCCAUUGCCGAGUCCCUCCACCACCAGCCCCCGCCUGCCUUCAUCGACCUCGAGGGCUCCGAAGGUGUUAAACAAGAGAGCCGCGGCCGGGAAGGGAAAAGGCCCAUUAAAGAGAUCUCUUUUAUCGACCUCGAUGGCUUCGGAGCAUUGGAGCACGACCUGGAUGACCCAAGAGGGAGGCUGUCAAAAAGGAGGCGUUUUGAAGAAAACCCUGUUCCAGAGGUCGGGGAAUCUUCCGCUGCUCCGCCGACGGAGCCCAAGCUCUAUUGUAGCAUCUGUAUGCAGGAUUAUCUCGAUUUUGAGAGCUUCAGUAUGAGGGGCUGCUCCCACUUGUACUGCGCCAGCUGCGUGAGCCAGUACGUGGCGGCGAAGGUGGAGGAGAAUGAGGUGUUGAUCGGCUGCCCAGACCCCAGCUGCAAGACUGGAUAUUUAGAGCUGGAUAUGUGCCAAUUGAUCCUCCCGCCCAAGGUGAUCGACCAAUGGGCAAGCAGGCUCUGCGAGGAGAUACUUGAGCCAAUGAGGUUUUACUGCCCAUACAAGGAUUGCUCCGCAUUGCUGAUACAUGAAGGGGGAAUUAAUGGUGAGGUGAUUAGAGAAUCAGAAUGCCCGCAUUGUUAUCGGCUGUUUUGUGCUCAGUGUAAGGCGCCGUGGCAUUCAAAUAUCACAUGCGAGGCCUAUCAGCAGCUUGGAGAGGACGAGAAGGGGAGGGAGGAUUUGAUGCUGAUGGAGAUGGCGAAGAACCAGCACUGGCAGAGGUGCCCCAAGUGCAAGUUCUUUGUGGAGAGGACUGAGGGAUGUAAUUUUAUGAGGUGCAGGUGCGGUAAUACCUUCUGCUACAGGUGUGCAGGGCCAAUGAACAGUGACCAUUAUUGUCUAAAAUGCCGAAGUUAGCUCUAGUUGACGAGAGCUUGCCAAAAAAAAUUAUACCAGUCUCAUUGAUGAAUGCUAGGAAUGACAGUGUCUUACGUUUCUUCUUUUUAAGAUAUAUAUAAAUUCUCCUGAGACGGUAGUGGUCAUAGCCUCUGUGCUUAGAAAUUGUUUUUAUGAUUAUUAAGAUGUCUUUUGAGUAGUCCUGAGGCCAAGAUUUUGCCCCUCAGGUUCUUCUAUCAUAGAAUAGAAUGGUAGAAUGAGCAGCUUCUAGUUGAUACCAA